AUGGCGGAAAAGAGCAACACCAUGAUUCCAGUUACCAAAACAACCAACGGUGGUGAGGUAAUACUUCCUCCUUUUACUGAAGAUCGCAAACCGCAGUUUCCGCCAAUCGUUUCAUCUUACAAUGAUAAAAUACGUCCCAUUCUUGAUGCCGUCGACAAGCUCCGUCGUCUCAAAGUCACCCAAGAAGGCAUCCCUCUUCCAGCCAUCGUCGUUGUUGGUGACCAGUCUUCCGGCAAGUCCAGCGUUCUAGAGUCACUUGCCGGCAUAAGUUUACCACGUGGACAGAACAUUUGCACAAGGGUACCUCUUAUUAUGAGGCUUCAAAACCAUCCAGAUGCUGUGCCGGAACUCAUACUGGAGUAUCAGAAAAAAACGGUUAUGAUAAUGGAAGAACGACAAAUAUCAGAUGCCAUCGAUAAAGCUACUGUGGAGAUAGCCGGAGAUAAUAAAGGGAUAUCAAAUGUACCCUUAACUUUAGUGGUCAAGAAGAAUGGUGUUCCAAAUCUCACCAUGAUUGAUUUGCCCGGAAUAGCUCGGGUUGCUGUGGGUGAUCAACCGGAAAACAUAUACGAACAAAUUUCAGAUAUGAUAAUGGAGCACAUUAAGCCAGAAGAGAGUAUCAUUUUGAAUGUUCUUGACGCAAAUGUUGAUUUUUCAACUUGUGAAUCCAUUUGCAUGUCACGACGUGUUGACAGCACCGGGCAAAGGACUUUGGCCGUGGUAACCAAAUCCGAUCAGUCGCCGGAGGGCUUACAUGAGAAGGUAAUGUCAAAUGAUGUCAAUAUCGGACUUGGCUAUAUCUGUGUUAGAAACCGUAUCAAAGAUGAAACCUAUGAAGAGGCUCGAAUACAAGAAGCCACACUCUUUCAAACUCACCCAUUUUUGUCCAAGAUGGACAAAUCUAUUGUAGGUAUUCCUAUUUUGGCCCAUAGACUUGUCCAGAUUCAAUCAAUGAUCAUAUCAAAAUGUUUACCGGACAUUGUCAAGAAGAUCAAUGAGAGACUUAAUGCUUCGGUUUUGGAACUCAACAAGCUACCCCGGAUUCUUACUAGUAUUCCCGAUGCAAUGGCUGCUUUUAUGCAAAUCGUUGGGUCCUUAAAAGAAACAUUUCAAAAGAUCUUGAUUCGAGGUGAGCUUGAGUAUGAUGAUAAAGAAAUGCAUUGUAAUGCUCGAUUGGCGGAAAUGUUGGAUGAGUUUUCAGAAGAACUCCACAAGAGUGAAAAAAUUUCUGAAAAUUUUCUUGUUGAGGAGAUGCUGGUUUUAGAGGAAGCAAAUGGGAUUCGGUUGUCUUUUUUUCUCUCACACUCAGCGUUUCUGUAUUUGCUUAAGAAGAAAUUGACCAACAUCUCUAAUUUGCCGAUUAGUUUCUUAAACAAAGUCUGGGGAUAUCUUGAGAUUGUUUGGGUUAGAGUCUUGAUGGAUCAUUGUGAGAAUCAUCCACAAAUUCUUCCUUCCAUAAAGAAAGCAUCUUUGAAUGUGAUGUUAAGAAUGAAGGAGAAGUUGGUGGAAAGGGUUUAUGAGAAGAUUGAAAGGGAAAAAGUAACAGAUUACACUUGUGACCCCGAUUUCAUAGCUUCUUGGAACAAGUUAAUGGGCAAGCGUGAUGAGUUUUUGAGGGCAAUCCCCAAUCGUAAUUCAUUUUCUAUGGAAGGUUAUGGGUCGAUUGAUAUCACACAUCUAGUGAGUGUUCCAGCAACCAAAAGAGAUCAAGCAUUUGACUUGAAAAUGAGGAUCAUGGCUUACUGGAAAAUUGUUUCGCGAAGAAUAGUGGAUUGGAUAGCUCUUGAGCUUCGAUUUGUGAUACAAAAAAUGGUGAACAAGGUGAUGGAAAAGGAGAUAGUAAAUGAGGUGAUGAUGCGUGGUGGUGGUGGUGGUAUGGAGAAAAUGUUGGAUGAGCCAACUCCGGUGGCCGCAAAGAGGGAGAGGCUUCAAAUGAGUAUCGGUUUGCUCCAGGAAUCACAGCAAAUUAUCCAACAAGUCAUGGAUGCUAUUUGAAUAAUCACUUAUUAAAAAAGAAGUGUGGGAACUAAUCAUUUUGUUUGCAUGUUUGGUAUUUAGCUUAUUAGGCUUUAUGGUACUAAGU